AUGAGACGCAUCGAGGAAUACAAACGAUUAGAAGAUGACCGGCUGCAGAGCAAAGGCAAAGUGCUGAUGAUAACUCAUCCCCGACAGGCAGGUUUCCCGUUCAGGCCUCGUGGGGGUCUGGCGAUUCAAGAACAGGCCGCACAAAUGGAAGAAGUGAACGUGACAUUUAAGGAACCGAUACACAGGAUUCUUGAUCGGAUCAAACACAAGCCGUAUUUUCGAUGGCUGAACAAGAUGGGAGGGGACCCAUCCAGAAUGAAUCAGAUUCUGUACUGCACUUAUCACCGAGACAAGGGUCACACCACCGAACAGUGCCGGGUAUUAAAAGACCACCUCGGGCAGCUAGUCAAGACCGAGCACUUAAAGGAUUUCGUGCUAGACUCGGGGGACAGAGUUGUAGGGCAAGAUACUCGGCAAAGGGGAAACCCUCUCCCACCCCCUGUGGGGGUAAUUGAAGUAAUCCAUGUUGCGCUGGAGAAGCUCAUUGUAGGAAAGAGGAAAGGAGUGUUGACAGUGGUACCGGUAGAAGGUAACCCAGGUCUACAGUCGCUAGGUAAGAAGAUGAAGUUUGUACGGGAGCGGCAUCGUUUGACGAUGACGAUUUAG